AUACUUUCCAAUUUAAUCAACUCAUCUUAUAUCGAUAGACUGGAUGCUUCUAGCUGUUUUUCUGCAUUUUUAAAGAAACUUAAUAACAAAAACGCAAGUAAUGGAGACAACAUGGUGGGUGGCCCACCUAAAGGCACUGCAUGACAAGGAGCAGCGCCUGGAGGCGCUAAACCAAAUGAACACAGCCAUCAACAAAGCGCCAGCUCUGUCGCGCGAAACGAUCGAACUGCUGUUGAACUGCCCGGAGAUGUACGAGUGCGCGACGAUUGACAGCGAGGAUGAGCAAAAGAAGCUGAACCAGCCAGUGGUCGAUGCGACCAUAGAACUACUGCGCCUCAGCCUGGAUACACUGGAAAUCGAUACCGAGGACGAGAAGCUGCCGGGACUGCUAAAACGCGGGCUGACUCAUUCCAAUGCCAGCGUGCGCGCAGUUGUGCUCAACAAUCUGCUGCGAGAGCUGCGCCGCCAGACCAGGGAGUGCUCUGUGCGUCCGCUGCCCAGCAACGACCUGAUCGUCUACGUGCUGGACGAGCUGCAGCAGCCCGAGUCGGAGUGCAGCAGUGCUGCCAUCAGCAUUCUCGCGAUUGUCCUCACCCUGCGACUCGACGAUGCCGAGAUACAGUCCAAGCUGGUGCAGCUGCUGCAACAGAAUGAGGUCAUCCGUUGCCGCGCCUACGAGCUGGGCGUAAUGCUGGCCAAGCGCAGUGCGGGAUCGCUUAAAUGCGUCGAAUUUAUCCUGGAUGCGGCCCUCAGUGAGCUGGACAACACCGAUGUGCUGCUGCAGGCCAGUGUCAUGGAGAUCCUUGUUCCGCUGGCGGACCAGAACCACGGACUCACCUACAUGGAGCGGCGUCGCGUAUUCGAUGUGAUCAGCUCUCGAGUGCAGAGAAUCGAGCAGGAGCCGCUCAACGUGCUGCUAAUUCCGAAUAUCAUGAAGUUCUUUGGCAAAAUAGGCGCCGUUCAGCCGCAAAAGAUCAUCACCGACUACCCCAUCAUGGUGGAGUGUCUCUUCGAUCAGCUGAAGCACGAGGACGAAAGCAUCCUGCCCACGGCAAUGGACACUCUGGCAAAUCUGACGAGCACGCCGCAGGGCAAGGUACUCAUUUCCAUGCGCUUCGAGCAGGCCAUGCUGCUGGCGCUGAAAACUCUUGGUGUCUACCUCCAAAAGCUAUCGCCGCAAAUCAAAGUCCGUCUGCUGGAGUCGCUGAAUGUUAUACUGGCGACAAAGACGCGUCCCAACUCGGAGAUCACCACGAUCCUCCGCCGCUGGUACGAGAGCUUUGCCGGGGGCGAGCAGGUGAACUACAUCAUGGGCCUAUACAACACACCCUUCGACGAUCUGCAGAUCGGUGCCCUGAACCUGCUCAAGACCCUCUGCACCUAUAAUUGGGGCAUUGUGGCGCUGCAUCACACUGGCGGGGCCGUCGAGCAUCUGGUAUCGCGUCAGCGCGAUCUGCACAAGGAUGUCAAGUUCCUGAAAUGGGAGAUAGUCGGACUGCUGGCCGGCAGCUCUGAGUUCACGGCCACCGAGACGGUGCGCUUCACCGCCUACGUGAAUGAGGGGCCCUACUAUGUGCCCACGCAAGUGAACAUUGCCACCGAGUCGCAGGGCUAGAGGACGGGAGCAAUGACCAACGACACACACCGACGCGGGCAGCCAUAUCAAGAGCCCCAAACAGAGAAACAGAAUGCAUAAAACUCCAAAUUUUAAGUUCAACUUUCACAUGGAACCAGAUCGGCUCGGCUCGGCUCG